CAAUAAGUAAAACUGGCAUGAUAGUCAAUAAAUGAACAAGUCACAGAUGAGUUUUGUUGUGUUACUAAGAUUAGUGUAUCAGUGAUUGUGAUUGCGAUCGGUUCUGUUAAUACGACACAAUCAAAAUUAAACGACGUAAAAAUAGCUCAACAACUUAUCGAGUCAAAGCAACCUAGUCGCCCAUUCCAAAGUUCAAAUGAAUUUUUUGUGUUCAUAUUUUGCGAUUUGUUUGACUUUAUUAGUCACUUUGGGAUAUGUUUACGUGAAACGUAAGUACAGCUAUUGGCAACGACAUAAAAUUGGAUUUAUAGAGCCAAAAUUUCCAUUUGGAAAUUUACGUGUGAUUCGACGAACGGAGCAUUUGUCACAGCGUUUAGCUCGAUUUUAUAUUGAGCGAAAACACGAUGCGCCAAUGCUUGGCAUUUAUUUCAUGUUAAGUCCAAUUCUAUUGAUCACCGAUUUGGAAUUGAUACGUCACAUUUUCAUUAAGGAUUUUCAAUACUUUCGGAAUCGUGGUAUAUUCUACAACGAAAAACAUGACCCAUUAUCGGCUCAUUUAUUCAAUGUCGAUUACGAGAAAUGGCGACCAUUACGAUCGAAAUUGACACCAACAUUUACCAGCGGAAAAAUGAAAUUUAUGUUUGGAACUAUUGUUGCGGUGGCCGAUGAAUUUGUCGCUUGUUUAAAUCGUUCCAUUCAAAUCGACAGUGAAAUGGAGGUCAAUGAGUGGCUCGGUCGCUUUACGACCGAUGUCAUUGGAACCUGUGCAUUUGGUAUUGAGUGCAAUAGCUUGAAAGAUCCACAAGCGAAAUUCCGUGAAAUGGGUAGAAAAGUGUUUGACCAACCAAAACUCAAUACAUUCGAACGAAUGUUGAUCAUGUCGUGCAAAAGUUUAGCGAAAUUAUUGCGCAUUUGUACUCAUCACAAAGACGUCACCGAUUUUUUUUUGAACAUUGUCAACGAAACCAUAGAAUAUCGCGAGAACAAUAAUGUACAACGCAAUGACUUCAUGAGUCUGUUGAUUGAAUUGAAAAACGCAAAAAACGACACGGACCGAUUAACAAUAAAUGAAAUUGCAGCUCAAGCGUUUGUCUUCUUUCUGGCCGGUUUUGAAACAACAUCAACAACCUUGACCUAUUGUCUGUAUGAACUGGCGUUGGACAAACACAAGCAUAUUCAAGACAAAGCACGGCAAGAGAUAGUCACCGUUUUGGAUAAACAUAACGGAAAUUUAACAUAUGAAGCAAUUAAUGAAAUGACUUAUAUCGAUCAAAUUAUUAAUGAAACGCUGCGCAAACAUCCUCCUGCCUCAAAUCUUGCACGAAUGGCUACGAGUAAUUAUAAAUUACCGAAUUCAAAUUACACAGUACCAGAGGGCAUGAUGGUGAUAAUUCCUGUAUACGGUAUCCACCACGAUCCAGAGAUUUACGAAAAUCCAGAGAAAUUCGACCCGAACCGAUUCACUCCCGAACAAAUUCAACAGAGACCAUCAUGUACAUUCUUACCAUUCGGUGAGGGUCCAAGGAAUUGUAUUGGUUUACGUUUUGGAAUGCUUCAAGCACGAAUUGGUCUCGUUAAAUUACUGCAAAACUUUGAGUUUUCGACAUGUACUAGAACACAAAUUCCAAUUAAAUAUUCACCGAAAAAACUUGUUCUUUCACCGGAAAAUGGCGUCUGGCUCAAAAUAACCGGAGUUAAAAAUUGAAUUAUAUUUAAUAGCACACAUUGUGUCUUGUGAAAUAAAGUGACUGAAUGAUCGACUUCGUUAAAAUG